GCAGGCAUAAGCUACAGACAACAAAUACAAUUGCAUUUUAUUGAUGGCAAUUUGAAUGCACUGAUAUACAGUGAUGAGAUCCUGAUGCCCAUUGUCGUGCUAUUCAUCCGCCGCCAUCACCUCAUGUUGCAGCAUGAUAAUGCACAGCCAUGUUGCAAGGAUCUGUACACAAUUCCCGGAAGCUGAAAUUGUCCCAGUUCUUCCAUGGCCUGCAUACUCACCAGACAUGUCACCCAUUGAACAUGUUUGGAAUGCUCUGGAUCGACGCAUACAACAGUGUGCUCCAGUUCCCGCCAAUAUCCAGCAACUUCGCACAGCCACUGAAGAGGAGUGGGACAACAUUCCACAGGCCAAAUCAACUGCCUGAUCAACUCUAUGCGAAGGAGAUCUGUCGCGCGGCAUGAGGCGAAUGGUGGUCACACCAGAUACUGACUGGUUUUCAGAUUAUCGCCCCUACCUUUUUUAUGGGGGGGGGGGGGUAUUUGUGACCAGCUGAUGCAUAUCUAUAUUCCCAGUCUUGUGAAAUCCAUAGAUUAGGGCCUAAUUUAUUUAUUUAAAUUGACUGAUUUCCUUAUGUGAACUGUAACUCAGUAAGAUAUUAGAAAUUGACACAACAUUUUUACAGUGCCGUGAAAAAGUAUUUGCCCCAUUUCUGAUUUUCUCUAUUUUUGAUGCUGAUGCAAAACAUAAUAUUAGAUAAAGGAAACCUGAGUUUACAAAUAUGGAUACUUUUUUUUUAAAUAACACAGUUAUUUAACACCCAAUUCCGUUGUGUGAAUAAGUAACUGCCCCCUUACAUUCAAUAACUGGUUGUGCCACCUUUAGCUGCAAUGACUGCAACCAAAUGCUUCCUGUAGUUGUUGAUCAGUCUCUCACAUCGCUGUGGAGGAAUUUUGUCCCACUCUUGCCUGCAGAACUGCUUUAUCUCAGUGACAUUUCUGGGUUUUCAAGCGUAAACUGCUCGUUUCAAGUCCAGCCACAACAUCUCAAUUGGGAUUAGGUCUGGAUUUUGACUAGGCCAUUUCAAAACUUUAAGUUCAUUGCUUUUUUAGCCAUUUUCAUGUAGACCUGAUUGUGGAUUUUGGAUCAUUGUCUUGCUGCAUAACCCGGCUGCGCUUCAGCUUCAGCUCACAGACGGAUGGCCUGACAUUCUCUGAUACCGAGCAGAAUUCAUUUAUCCUUCUAUUAAGGCAAGUCUUCCAGGUCUUCGGGCAGCAAAGCAUCCCCAAACCAUCACACUACCACCACCAUGCUUGACCGUUGGCAACCGUAUCAACAUGAAAAAUAGGCCAUAACCCUCCCAAGCUGAACAGCUGCACAGGAAAGCCCAGACUGACAGUAGUAGAAGAUGGACCAGGCCUUUCCCAGUCUCCAGACCUCAGCCACUGAGCUCCAACUCAGGGUGGACUUCUUCAGAAAGUUGGGCUACUCCCCCAUGGAGGUUCGGGCCGCCCUGCUGAAGCUAGGCCUGAGUACAGACACCAACUCUGUACUGGGGGAGUUGGUCCGUAGCGGAGCCAGCACUGGUACUUCUAACUCCACCAUUCCUGAGAGUGUUGAAGAUACUACUGGCCCCAAAAGCCACACAGGCUCCAGCAUGGCCUCCUCUAGGACCCAUGGCUCCCCAGGAGACAGACCAGUCUCAUUACUGGAAGACAGGAGGGACACAGACAGUGGACUGAAACCUAUCGUCAUUGAUGGCAGCAAUGUGGCCAUGAGUCAUGGUAACAAGGAAGUGUUCUCCUGUAAGGGAAUUGAGUUGGCAGUGAUCUAUUUCCUGGAUAGAGGUCACUCAACCGUCAUUGUGUUUGUGCCCUCCUGGCGCAAGGAGCAGCCCAGGCCUGAUGUCCCCAUCACAGACCAACACAUUCUAAUGGAGCUAGAGAAGAAGAAGAUAGUUGUCUUCACGCCCUCGAGACGUGUCGGUGGUAAACGGGUGGUCUGCUACGACGACCGUUUUAUUGUGAAGCAUGCCUACGAGUCGGACGGCGUGAUCGUGUCUAACGACACCUAUAGGGACCUCCAGGGAGAGCGUCCGGAGUGGAAGCGCUGUAUCGAGGAAAGGCUGCUUAUGUACUCUUUCGUCAAUGACAAAUUCAUGCCCCCAGAUGACCCGCUUGGUCGUCAUGGUCCCAGUCUGGAGAACUUCCUGAGGAAGAAGCCUCUACUACCAGAACACAAGCGCCAACUCUGUCCUUAUGGUAAAAAGUGCACGUAUGGCGUAAAGUGUAAGUUCUACCACCCUGAGCGCACUCGCCAAUCUCACUGCUCAUUGGCUGAUGAGCUCAGGGAGAAGGCAAGGCUCUCCUCAGUAAAAGAGGACCGGAAUCACACGACGUCACACCUGAGGGGCCCCCAGGCCGACCCGAGCCCCUUUCCCUCCUAUUCUCUGGAGAAUGACCUGGAGCACAGGCUGACGUUGGAGCAUCGCGGUUCCCUGAGGGAGGGUCCCAAUAGCCAGGUAACUGAGAACAUGUUUCUGUCCUGGGAUGGGCCACACUCCAGUAGGAACCAGCAGGCCCGCAGCCCCACAGCACUAGACCAAGGACAAAUGGACUGGCCCAAUAUGCGCAGUAUGUUCUCCCCCUACGCUACUACUGACCUCCCCUAUGCCAGCAUCUCCCAUGAGUGCAUGGACUCUGGUUUUGGCACCUAUGAGAGCCAGUACUCAGAUGUGUCCCAAGGCCACAGCAAGGCCUUCAGUCCCAGGCAGCAGAAGAAACAACAGGGUUCCAGGCAUCCAGAGAGGCUGGCCCAGGACAGGCUCCAGCCCUGCAGGUGUUGUUUCCAUUUGGCUCCCUUCACAGGUCCCCAGCAGCAGCACCACAGCAACCCACACCUCGAGUCCCAAUCCCAGCCAAGUUAUGACACCUACUCGCCUCCUCUGUUCCCACCCAACAUGCACCACUACAGCCUCCCCUGCAACUUCCAGCAAGGCAGGGUAGGGGCACAUAAUUUCCACCCCCAUCAGCACCCCCAGAAGUACUGGUCAGACCCCUUCCAUGGCGGGGUCCCCCAGGCUAGUGCAUCGUGUAGUCUCACCCCGAGCUCCCACCAUCACCCCCCAACCCCGCAUGGGGCCCCCCACUCAUGCUCCUCUUACAGGAAUCAGCAGGAACUCAACUCCUGGGCCCAGCCACCUCCACCUUCUGCCUUUGACACAGACAGAGAGGAGCUCCGUAAGAAACUGCAGGCCAUCUUCAACCCCCACCAAGUAGAUACGGUCAUGGGGAUGUUCCCUCACCUGAUGGAUGCCCAGAAGCUGGCUGCAGAGAUCCUCAAUUUCAAAUCUGAUGCGGGGGACUUCUGAUGCCUCUAAGCAUCUUGUCUACGGGAUUCAUUCAGGGUUGAGAAACUUGCACAACUCUAACUUCCACGUAAAUCAUCAAUUGAUUUCAAUGGGAUACUUGUGUGAAAAUGUGCCUUGGGUAAUUAUUCUCUUGUUCUUUUCCUUUGUAAUUUACUGUAACUGAUUGAAAGAGCAAUGUUUUUAUUGUUGAUGUUGUCCUUCCUUAGCAGUCAUGUGCUUGCAUAGCUUGUGUUAAAUCCAUGACAGGUUGUGUGUGAACAGUUUGGGAGAAGUGUAGAGAAUUGGGAUGAAUCCCCUGUCGUGUUUAACUGGAUUAUUUGAAAUGUAUUGAAAGUUGUAUACAUUUAUAACAGUGUAGUCAAAUCUUGCCUCUAGACUCAAUACUACGGCAAAAGUGAAUCUAGAGUGUUUGACUGUUGAUGCAUAUUGUAUCAUCAUUUGGGAUAUACCGUAUGUGAUCUCUCAUUUGUCUGAAAUUCAGCUCUCGUGUAAUAAGAAAUAAUUGUCUCAAAUAAUGUCCUUGUCUGAAAUUACACCUUUUACUAUUAUGUUUUUUAAUAUUGUGGUUCUGGUGGCAAUAAUGUAUUUCCUGUCUCAUAGACCAAUAUAUUCCUUAUUCCAUCUCUUUAUGCAGUGUGGAAUACAAUGGUAUACAUUUUUUCCGUGUAUAAAGCUACGCCCAAAGAACCCCAAAUACUAUACAGUAUCCUUCUAAACAACAGAAUAAGUUGAAGAAGCUGCCAAAGAAACUGAAUUAAUGUUGGAAAAGCACCUUGUCAUUGACCCAAAUAUUGUAAUUCUCCCAUAGACCAGAAUGUUCUCAGCGAGAUAAUGUACAAAAUGUGUUAUGUAAUAUGUACAGUAUGUCCUGUGAAGGUCUCUUAUAUCACCAAAGACUGGGUAAAUCCAAUAGAUCUUUUAAAGUAACUGUCCAGUGUUUCAAGGUUUCUAUGAAAUAUGACCUAUAAUUAAUUACAAUACAGUUUGAGUGAUUUUAGUUUUCCUUCCAAAAUGUUUUUAAGUAUGUUAAAAAGCAGCUUUUCUGUGUUGGAAUGGUGUGGGUGUACCCCAACAACAGAAUGGUGUGGGCGUAUACCGGUAUAAAAAAAUAUUCAUGCGAAUAGACUGCUGAUUGGCCAGCUCAAGCUCAAUGACGAUGACCUCAUCCUCUAUGUUGAAAUAGCAAGCAUUUUUUAAACUGUCUGUUUGAGUUUAAGGUUGUUGUUUUUUUGGUGUUUUCUCCAGUUCAUGCUUUGACCACAUAUGAGUCAACAACAUUUAUUUGCGUGUGAGUUAACUUAACUUCUUAUGGCUGGGGGCAGUAUUGAGUAGCUUAGAUGAAUAAGGUGCCCAGAGUAAACUGCCUGCUACUCAGUCCCAGUUGCUAAUAUAUACUUAUUAUUCGUAAGUUUCUAAAACUGUUUGAAUGAUGUCAGUGAGUAUAACAGAACUCAUAUGGCAGGCAAACACCUGAGAAAAAAAUCCAACCAGGAAAUGGGAAUUAUGAUGUUGGUCGUUUUUCAACUUAUUCCCUAUUGAAGAUACAGUGGGAUAGCAUGUUGCACUUCCUAAGGCUUCCACUAGAUGUCGCACUUCGUGACUUUGGAUUUGUUUACAAAACGCGCUAACAAAAGUAGCUAUUUGGACAUGAAUGAUGGACAUAAUCGAACAAAACAAACAUUUAUUGUGGAAUUGGGAUUCCUGGGAGUGCAUUCUGAUGAAGAUCAUCAAAGGUAAGUUAAUAUUUAUGUUAUUUCUGACUUCUGUUGACUGCACAAUAUGGCGGAUAUCUUUUUGGCUUGUUUGGUCUCUGAGCGCCGUACUCAGAUUAUUACAUGGUUUGCUUUUUCCGUAAAGCUUUUUUGAAAUCUGACACAGCGGUUGCAUUAAGGAGAAGUGUAUCUAAAGUUCCAUGCAUAACACUUGUAUUUUCAUCAACAUGUAUUAUGAGAAUUUCUGUAAAUUGAUGUGGCUCUCUGCAAAAUCACCAGAUCUUUUUGGAACUACUGAACAUAAUGUGCCAAUGUAUACUGAGAUUUUUUUAUAUAAAUAUGAACUUUAUCGAACAAACCAUACAUGUAUUGUGUAACUUGAAUUCCUAUGAGUGUCAUCUGAUGAAGAUCAUCAAAGGUUAGUUAUUAAUUCUAUCUCUGUUUCUGAUUUUUGUGACUCCUCUCUUUGGCUGAAAAAUGGCUGUGACCUAACAUAAUCGUUUGUGGUGCUUUCGCCAUCAAGCCUAUUUGAAAUCGGACACUGUGGUGGGAUUAACAAGAAGUGUAUCUUUAAAAUGGUGUGAAAUACUUCUAUGUUUGAGGAAUUUUAAUUUUGGGAUUUCUGUUGAUAUGACACUGGCUGUUGUCGUAUCGAUCCUGUUAGCGGGAUCUCAGCCCUAUUCAUUAACAGAAUAUAAACUUUUUAAAAGUGAGAUUGUCACUGGACAAUUACUUCAAUGUUUCUAUGAUAGUUGUCUGUCUUCGCUGUAUGCUGAUAGACAACACUUUGUAGCUUCUUUUUUAAGUGCCUAAACAUGGAAAAUGUAUAAUUCAAAUAUCAUGGACAUUUAGAGUAGAGUUCUUGGUCUAAACAAAUUGCUAAACUUUUUUAUUUUAAACCCAUUUUGGUAACUUUAUUUAACAGCACGGUAAGUACUAGCUAGAUAUUUAAAGUUAGAAUGUUGUUAUUAUUAUGCUAUCAUAUAGUAUUACCAGCUUCAUAUCAGGUUAAUGCAGUUAUAACCUCAUGGUACUCAAAAUAAUUGGCAGGGAACACUAGGCAUUUUAUUUCUCAGCCAUUUUUAUGUAUUUUUAGAGUAGACUACUUUGUUUCUUCUGACUACAAAUAGCUACUAUACCAAAUAGUACAAUUUGUUGCCAAGUAUUUACCAGUACCUAGUACUUACCCGACUGUAAUAAAGGGUUACUCACUCAUGUUAUGAAUUUAUAUAUCACUUAAACACUGAGUUUUGAAUGUCGGGGAAUCAUAUUACACUAAAAUUAAAGGU